AAUAGAAUAUUGUGAAUAAAUUGAUCAAUGGACGCGCAGUUGACUCUGUGGAACUUGCUUCCUCUUCUUGUUCUUCUCUUUGCGUUUUACUUCUUCUUCUUUCGCAGAUCAAACAUGGCUGAAAAUUCCUCCAAAUCCAUCUAUGAUUUCACUGUCAAGGAUAUUCGUGGAAAUGAUGUGAGUCUCAGUGAGUACAGUGGGAAGGUUUUACUUGUUGUCAAUGUUGCUUCACAAUGUGGUUUGACACAAACAAAUUACAAAGAGUUGAAUGAGUUAUACGAGAAGCACAAGAAUAGUGGGUUUGAAAUCUUGGCAUUUCCAUGCAACCAGUUUCGUUCACAGGAACCAGGAACCAGUGAAGAAAUUCAGAAUGUUGUCUGCACAAGGUUCAAAGCCGAAUUUCCAAUUUUUGAAAAGGUUGAAGUCAAUGGAAAGAAUGCAGAUCCACUUUACAAGUUUUUGAAGGAUCAGAAAGGUGGAAUAUUUGGAGAUGGCAUCAAGUGGAACUUCACCAAAUUCUUGGUAAACAAAGAAGGGAAGGUUGUCGAGAGAUAUGCUCCUACCACUUCUCCUCUGAAAAUCGAGAAGGACAUCACCAAACUUUUACAGUCUUGAGUACUAAACUCGUAUGUUUCAGAGGACAUGGAGAAUCUGUUUGAUGCCUUCAUAGGACAAGGAACUUCACUAAAGCUUCUGCUAUUUAUCCCUAGUUAAUUUAUGGCCUAAAAUAUUAUUAUUAUUAUUAUUAUGUUUGUGUGUCUGGAUUAUGGAUUAUGCAAUAAGCACAAUUUGUUAGUUUUACUCUCUUAUCAAAAUUACAUAAUAAUGUAUCAGAAUGUUUGUUACUUUAUUUCAUAUGGCUCAUUAUUUGAUUGA